AUGAUAGUGGGCGCAUCUUUAGGAGCAGUGUUCUUCGUAGCGUUGAUCAUUCUCAUCAUAGUCAUUUUAUUAAGACGAAAGAAACGUCAAGAAAAAGGUAAAGAGUCUUUAGAAGUUAUAAAGAUGAAACUAUUAUUAUUUGCAAUAUGAAAAUAGUUUCUAAUGACAUAAUGGUUCUGAUAUCAUUGAUGCGGCGAAACCUUUAAUUGACCCUCUGUCUAUCAGAAACUGUGAUUUUACCUGCGAAAAUAGAACUGGAGCCUAACCACACUGUAUAACGGAAGAUCAAACAAGCCCUUUCUGUUUGUUUGUUUUAUGUUUGUUGUUGCUGUUUUCUUUUCUCAGGAAAAUGUUAUUGUUCCUUGGUUUCCAGAUAAAAUUUAUUGUAUUUAUAUUUUUAUUGAGUCCCUGGCUUACCCAUGCUACAUAAGCUUGUUCCCAUAAAAGGUCAAAUAUCGUUGCAGUUCCACUGUGACGUUCAUGUGUCUCUGGAAUGGUUUCAUCAUCAAAUUCGCAAAGCUAGUCUUAUUAAUUGCCUUUAACUUCUCAGCCGUUCUUUCAUUUGUCAACGUCAUACUUAUAAGCAGUGUCAGUGAGUCGAAAACCAGCUUUGAAUAAGUAGUAACUAGUUUAGCAAAUGGUGAAAAAGUGGUUUCCCAAUGAUCAUAGGUAAAAAUGAAAAACAAGGCUGCACUUAAAUGUCCAUAAUUUCAAAAAAAUCUCUGUUGUUAUUGUCGUAGCCACUGUUAUCGUCUGCUUAGGAAAAAAAAACGUUUAUCUUUUAAUUUUCAUUUAUUAUCAUUAUUACUAUAUCUUUUUUUUUAAGGCGAUGUUUCCUGCGGUAAAUGAUUUGUUUGUUUCUUUAAGAUACAGAGAGCGUACUGCCUAAAGAGUCUUCGAUGAAGAUGUCAGCACCGAAGAAGUCAGUAUUUAUCUUUUCUUUGUUUCCAUUUAAUUGUUCAUUUAUUUGUUUGUUUGUUUAUACUUCUAAGGGUACGUUUUAAGUUUCUUACAACAAUACAUUACCAAAUGAUAAAAUCAACCAGUACUGAUUGGAUUUAUAUAGGGCAAGGUAAAUUCAGCAUACCAUCGCAGAAAAUCUUAUCCUCUUAGCAUAGCAUAGAGCAUUUACGAGUAUCGAUACUUCUCCCUUCCCUGGAGAAAAUCCAGUCCAUAGCAGGAUUACCUCCUCCCCUCCCCUCCCCUCCCCCCUCCUUACGUUUCUUCAUGCGCCUUGGUGUCCCUGUUAGACGUGGUCUCUGUGUACCGAUCAAUACUCCUGGAUGGAGAGGGACACUGCAAGGAACGAGUCUCAAACCCCUGCCAAAGACUCAAGUGUCCAGAUUUUUUGAGACUGAAAUAAAUAUCAUCGUGCACUACGACAAUUUUCAGAGCAGGGAAGGCGAAGUGGCGAGAACGUUAAUCUCCCACCGCUAUGGUUCGGGUUCGAUUCCUGGAUCUGGUGAUACGUGUCGGUUGUGUUUUUUUUUUUUUGUGCUCGUCCUUGCUUCGUGGGUUUCUCUGUGGGAUCUCCCGUUUUGCUUCCCCGCAAAAACCAACAUUCUCAAUUGUUUUUUCUUUUUUACCUAAGCAGCGAGGACGACCAAUUAGGAGAAAGCCAAUAUGAAUCUGUGAAUCAAGUUGAAGCCGCAAAGCUUCUUGGGUCACCGAACAGCAAAAAUAAUACUAGGUUUCAACCACCACCAGAAAAUUGUGAAUAUGCUGUUGUAAACAAGGCAAACAAGAGGGUGAGCAGUUAGCCCUAGAAUUAUGGAAGUAAUUGAAACUCAGUGUAAUUUCAAGUUUUUGUUAGGACGAUGGACUCUGAUAAACAUGACAUGUGCAACAGGUAAAUGAACAGAUUCUUGUACGUCUGCAAGCAGAUUGGAUAGAAUUAUGCACAUGACUAAACCUGUAGGGAGUGAGAUUAUGGAAUACAUUAUUAUCUACGUAGAGCAUCUAGAUAUUGAUGUUCACUAGAACAAGGCUCUUUGCGCUGAGAAAUGUUGUUACAUGUGGCGCAGACCAAAAAGGAGAAACAAGAGACCCCACAUCACCGCUAGCUGCGCAUUUUGAUCUAUGAUAUUUUUCUUUCCUGUGUUGAUUCAAGCGAAAGGAGGCAGACCUUGUGUACGCUCAACUCGCCGAAUUUGACAAUGAAACUGAUGCCACCAAACCACCAAAAUCACCCAGCUAUGAGCCCACUGUAUACGCUGAUGUUGAGGUACCACCUCCUGAGUUGCCUGCUAGAGAGGAUCCAGACUCCUCUCAACCAACGUAUGCGAAUCUUGAUACGACUGGUGUCUGAAUGAAACCAAUGUAUGUUAUUUACCAGCCGGGAGGUCCGUAUUGGGAAAAACUGUGCCCGAGUUCUUCGACACCGCAAGAGGCCGUGCCUAAGAUCCUCCGGGAAGAGCCAUAGAAAAAAUGUAUAUUAAACCUGGCCACUUGGGAUAAAGGUCGGUGACCUAAAAAAUUACUGCUUUCCCCAUCAUCUGCUAAUUGCCAACGUAGCAGGAUUGUUGUUUAUAGUAUUGAUAAUCCAUGAUCCUUGCUGGGGUUUUGAUACUACGUCGAAAAAACCACAAAUACGGAAUUGGAUCCUUUCGGCUUUCUGUUUAAAAUCCAACAGUAAUUUUAGCCCUCUCUAUUAUAAGAGCGAUUUACGGGCGUAUUUGAUUGGAACAUUAUCACAAAAAAAACUCCAACAAACAAGGUAACAAAAUGUUAAAUUAAAUAAGCGACGAAUGAAUAAAUUUAACUCUGAUAAGUUUUAAGUGGCCUGGAUUUCAGUACUAUGCUGCCUUAUAGCACCGACUUAUUCUGGAAAUUUUAAAAUCCCAUUUUAAAGAUUAUCAAAAUAAUUACGCCUCGAUCGCCUAAUCGGGGUAAAAUGAUCAAUUAAGACGAAGACACAGCAUUAGGUAAGGUGCACUACUAGAGAAUUGGUUCAUAUUUAGCGCACUGCUAUGUAUAUGUUAUUCUCUAGCCGGUUUUUGUCUUGCAAUUUAUGAUACAAAUAUUCAUAUUGAACAGACUUGUCAAGACUCAUCGAGAGUGCAUGUAUAUUUUGUUGGAGUAGCCUACAGAGCAAGGCGUAAUUUUGGCCAGCGAGUGCUCAGUGUUUUACUUAACGGAAAUUAAGGCCGCCAUCUUCGAUUUUAAUGGCAGCGGAAGGACGGGUAGAAAAAGAAAUUUUUACUAAGGGGGUGGUCGACGGUCAACAAUGAGGAGACGGGUAUGGGUGGAGAAGUACCCCUACCCCUGCCGUCUACUCCGACCGUCUAUCUAACUCCAAAAUCAGAUAUGGUCGGUCGGAUAAACGAUCGCGAGCAUAUGACGUUAGCUCGCACUAAUAAGACGCCUCCACUGCAGGCUAUUGUGGAAGUGAAAAGUUCAGUCACCGUUUAACAACGUACAAACUGUUUGAUAAACAUAUCAAACUUAUCUCCCACGAACGUAAACAUUUGCUUAAAUUUGUGUCCAGUCUGGCGCGGCCAAAAUUUUUCGGUAUUGCGCAAGCGCAAGAGGUUAGAUGGCGGCGAUGGCGGUAGUGAGAGUUAAGAGGAAGAUCAUAGCAUCAGAACGAUACCCGGAAGGAGUCUUUUCAUCGAAGCUUUGCCGAAAAAAGACAAGAGUAAAAACAACCGACCGUAAACUAUAUCCUGUGGUUGUAACAGACGUGGACAAGGUCGGAAAGCGAGUUAAGAUCCAUUACGUUGGCUACAGUGAACGCUACGACGAGUGGCGGGCAUGUGAAUCUAAAGACAACAAUCUUUUCCAGCGGAUGGAACUUCUUUCCAGUCCGUCGUCUUCUUCGCUUGACGAUCGCCUGGAAUUGAUUCACGGGGAGCUAUAUCGUGAAAUAAAAAGGAAGCUAUAUUCUGGCAGGAAGGAUGAUCCGUCCACUCGUGUUGAAGUUCGAAUUGAUCAAGAUGUAUUUAAUGAAGGACUGGCAUUGGCGGGAAAAGCAAAGACAGAGCGUGGCAAGGUCGUGUACAGUAUUGAUUCUAAUCAGACAUUAAACCAUUUGCUUGGAGUCAAAUGGGAUGAACGUAUUUUUAACGAAAAUGGUGACUUUGCAUUUGUUAUUGAAGGAACUGUGCGUUUCUGGUUGGCUAGAAGGAAUCCCAUUCAAGAAUUCAAGGUAAUAGGGGGAAAGUACAUCAAAUCUGAAAUAGAGAACAACUUUUAUUUAACAUUUACAUUUGUUAGAGGAGAUGGAAACAGGCAUAAUUAUGCUACGAGGAACUGACUUGUUUUUAUCCAUAAUCUCACUUUAUAGUUUAUAUAUUUUUUUUAAUCAUUCUGCAGAUAACAAUACAAACAAUGUCAUAAUUAAUUAAUAUAAAUUGUAUUUAUACUAAGGGAAAGUGUUAUGAGUACCAAACUGUGAGUAAAGCAGGCUUCAGUUUUUAUUCUGGCCCUGGAUAGUCCCAAAAUGUUUUCAUCUUCUGCUUCACUGCAACGAAAUUAUUUUUCCAUUAUUUUAUAUCUCAUGAAACUUGUUUUAAAACGCUGUUUUUGUGGAAUCAUGGAGGUUGUGAUUUUGUUUUCUGUAAUCUAUAAAUAAACAACAGCCUCAAAUUGUAACUUAAAACUGUGAUACAUCUAGGUAACCAGAGAAUCGAUUUUUCUCUACCAUUUAAAAUGUAUCUCUAUGAAGCACCAGAACAACAUUUUGGGACCCAUUUACCUUCACACUUAACAAGGUGUGCACAGCAGGUACGGUGAUCACAAUGUUUACAUUGCUUGGUGCAGGUCUUGAUUGUGUGACCUGGACUGGAACAGUUACUGCAUUUGUAAUUCUGUUUCACCCUCUCAUACCCUGCUGCUUCCAAAAAUUGAAUUCUGUAUUUCUUUAAGAGAAGCUGUCGCAAAGCAGAAAUUCCUCUGUGGUUAGAGGAUCUAAAGUAAUUCUUAGAAGCUACAUCAUUAUAUUUCUCCAUACCCUGCUGAUUAAAAUAUGCAAUGUUUUUAUACAACUUUAAAAACUCAGGAACAUGAAAAUAUAGGGCAUGCAUAUAUGGUGUGAUAUCUUUGGCUUGGUAUAGAGACAAGAAAAUCUUAAACCAUCCCUCAAUUUUUUCUUUAAGGUGAUCAAUUGACUGAUCUGUUGGAAAAUCAAGUUUUAAAUCACCAAUGAUGUCCAUGAACCCACCCCAUAGUAACUGAAGCUUUUCUGAAUUGUAACCAGGCAAAAGAGAAGAGAACUGAAUAUUUUGCAUGACCUUUAGUUUUUCAGGACCCGUGAGAUCUCUAUAGUCCAGUUUUUUUGUGUCUUUGUUUAUUCUCCACUCAAAAGAAAUGCCAAGGGUUUUGAGAAACGUUUCAUAUGCUGCCAUAUGUUUAAAUUUCUCUCGAGAAAAACCAUUGUGAAAUGUUGUUAUCUUCUCACAAGCAUCCUUUCUCCUUAAUUCCCUGAUUAAAAGUUCUGUUAAAUUAUCUGAUAUGCGGAGAAAUAAAUGUAAGGUAUCAAUAAUGACAUGAUCAAUUGGUAUGAAAUUAAAUAAUGGAGUUGCUUUGCAAUUAAACUUUUUUGAUUUGGCAAAGCUUGAAAUUUCCUCCAGUGAUCUGGCACCCUGAGCACUGUUAGAAAGUGACCAUACCCUUUGGAUGUCAUGUCUCUGGUUGCGAGGGCAUUUGCACCAGAUACAGGCGUAGUCUUGGUUAGCAGCCCCCAACCCACAGACACAUGCCAGGAACUUCCAAUCCCCACCGAGAAAGUAUUCAAUAUUAUAGGUUUUACCCUCAACUGUUACCUUAUUUAAUUUCGACAUUUCUUGUGUUAAAUCAGAGAGACUUUCCUUCAGAUUGUCAUAGUUUUCACUUGUCUUGAGUAUAGCCAGAACAUAAUUGCCCUUCUCACUCAUUGCAGCCUCUUUCUCAUUUAAAAUUGUAUAUGUUACAUUUACUAGCUUAAGUCUUUUUCCAAUGUUUGUGCCAUCUCCACUUAUCUUCACCCCAAUGGUAUCUCCUUCUAAAUCUCCUUUCCUUUGUAAGUUGGUAAUUUGUUCCUUGAGGCUUUCUUUGAAGCUGAUUUGCACCCUUCUGCUUGACCAGGGGUAUCUCUUAUUUUCCAUUGCUGGUUUAAUUCAUUUAUCUUUCGAGUUGUCUUGUAAGUAUUUGGUAUUGUUUUAGAUCUCAAUGCCAUUUCAUGCCAUGCAUCAUUGGAAAUAUUGAAUUUGUCCUUGAUGUAAAUCCAGUAGUUGAUGUCAUCAGCCUGGGUGUCAGUUAUUUCAUUUCCCUCAGUGUCCGAUUGUUGCAUUUGUUCCUCAUCAAUUAAGUUAAAAGUGUCAUACUGUUCUGUGUCAGUGUUAAACACUUCAACUUUGGUGGCCAUAAAAUUGUACAAUCCAAGGAAAGUAAGAGUGGCCUGACAUUCCUCUUUCAUUUUAUUUUAAAUCCUGCUUUGGUGCUGCUUUGAAUACUCAGCAAAUGACUUUUUUUCAGGGCCCCUAAUUCCUUUCUUGUUCUUCUUCUCAACUUUUUUAACAAGACUUUGAAACCUUUUUUUCAGAUAAUUGCAGCUCCUCUCUGUGUCGCCGAGUUUUUUUCUCGAGUUUCUGUCGCUUAGUUGUUUCAUUCGCUAAAAAGAUUCUUCCAGUGUUCGUUUCUUCCCUCGUAAAUCCUGAUUCUCCUUUUCGAUAACGUAUUUGUGAAGUUCGUGAUAAAAUAUCUUCACCUCAUAAGUUUGGUCACGCCAUUUGUUUAUGAUUCUUUUGACACCGAAACCUCCACUUUUCUUCUUGACUCUUUUGAGUUCGGCACACAGAGACCCAAUCUUUUUCCGAACGACAUUUAUUAUUCUCUUGUUCACAACAACACCGCGAAUGCCCGUUUCUUGAAAGAUCUUCUCCACGAUUGCAGCGAAGGCAGACUCGCCACUACCCUCUUCAUUCUCUUUGGCAAUUGUGUAGAGGAAAUAGCUGAAAGUUGGAUAAAACGACUGGGAUAAGAUAUAUGCGAGACUAUUAGCAAUGAAAAUUUAAUUCAUUAGUUGGUGUCCGGAAAAAAUGGAGACAGUUAAUUUUUAAGUUCUUAUUAAUAACUUACUUGUUGAUACUGCAUGUGAAGAAAGGUGGCGGAUGGCCCGCAAAUCCAUUAUUUUGAUCUUCCGAUCCAUCUCCCACAGCCUUCACGGAUCCGCAGAAAGCGAAUAAUAGGAACACCAGAAGUCCUCCAACUUUAACGGAGAUUUGACCCAUCCAAAAUACUCGAAAACAAGCCGAAUUAUAUACCAAAAUAAAGGAAAUGUUUCGAUCUAUUCGAAUUUGGCGGUAAAAUCGAGAUCCGAGCAUGCGUAGAAGAGUACGGACCCAUUGUUUUCACACUGGCGUGAAAUGACCUUUGAUCGUCUUUAAAUAUUGCGCAAACUUGAUUUGAAAACUUGGAUUUUGACCCAUUAAAUCUUAAGAUUUUGGUAUUUUAAAACGUCUUAUACAAUAGCUUUAAUAUUUAUUUUUUUUAAUUCGUUGGUAAAACUGAUCGCCGUUAAAAUGUUUUUGAGUAAUCUUGUAAAAUGUUUCAAAUCUUAGGCGUUCUUGAGUCAGACAUUGGUGGGGGCGUGAUCGCCGGAACUUGAUAGAAGCUUUUGUUAACACUGAGUUUGAUAUGUUUAGAUAAAUCCAACCGGAUUUCAUUACAUCUGACUGACUUGCAAUUGCAAUUUUUGAAACUUUUCUCGUAUUUUCCCUUUAUCGCACGUGGUUUAUUACACAGGCAAACCGAUAGUGUAGUUUAUUGCUUAGAUAGUGGGUUAAAUAUUAAAACGCGCUUGAAUCUGCAUUGUUGCUUUUUCAAAUGGCGAGGAAAUAAAGG